AUGGGCAGUGGUGCGAAUUUGGAGACGGCGAUAGAGCGGUUGCAGAAUGCGGAGAAGCAGUCGAGGCUCGCCGGCGAGGUCGCCGCCACGAGGCAGGCCGUCACCGAAAUUCUGGAGCUCUGCUUCCAGGCUAAGGACUGGAAGUCGCUGAACGAUCAGAUAUUGAUCCUCUCUAAGAAGCGCGGUCAACUCAAGCAGGCUGUAACUGCAAUGGUGCAACAAGCAAUGCAGUAUAUUGAUCAGACACCAGAUAUUGAAACCCGCAUAGAACUCAUUAAGACCCUGAACAAUGUAUCAGCUGGAAAGAUCUUUGUUGAAAUUGAGAGGGCACGCUUGAUAAAGAAACUAGCCAAGAUUAAGGAAGAACAGGGCCUUAUAGCUGAAGCUGCUGAUCUAAUGCAAGAAGUUGCAGUUGAGACCUUUGGUGCUAUGGCAAAGACUGAAAAGAUUGCCUUCAUACUCGAACAAGUUCGUUUGUGCUUAGACAGGCAAGAUUAUGUCCGUGCUCAAAUUCUAUCAAGGAAAAUCAGCCCAAGGGUAUUUAAUGUCGAUACUUCCAAAGAAAAGAAGAAGCCUAAGGAAGGUGAUAAUGUUGUUGAAGAGGCUCCUGCUGAUAUACCAUCCCUGAUGGAGCUAAAGAGGAUCUACUAUGAAUUGAUGAUAAGGUAUUACUCCCAUAACAAUGAGUACCUCGAAAUCUGUCGUUGCUACAAGUCAAUAUAUGAGAUUCCUGCCGUGAAGGAAGAUCCGGCCCAGUGGACACAGGUCCUGAGGAAAAUUUGCUGGUACCUGGUUUUGGCACCACAUGAUCCAAUGCAGUCGAGUCUUCUCAAUUCCACCCUUGAAGACAAAAACCUCUCUGAAAUUCCCCAGUUUAAGACGUUGUUGAAACAACUGGUCACCAUGGAGGUCGUUACAUGGACAUCCCUAUGGGAUAGUUACAAGGAAGAAUUUGACAGCGAGAAGAACUUGCUUGGAGGUUCUUUAGUGGAUAAAGCAGCUGAAGACUUGAGGCAAAGAGUAAUUGAACAUAAUAUCCUCGUUGUCUCUAAAUAUUACUCGAGGAUUACCGUCAAGAGAUUGGCCGAGUUGUUGUGCCUCAGCAUUCCUGAAACGGAGAAGCACCUUUCGGAGAUGGUGGUGUCCAAGGCACUGAUAGCCAAGAUCGACAGACCAAUGGGAGUCGUCAGCUUCCAAGUAGCGAAAGACAGUAACGAUAUCCUCAACUUGUGGUCCUCGAACUUGGAGAAGCUGCUCGAUCUCGUCGAGAAGAGCUGCCAUCAAAUCCACAAAGAAACCAUGGUUCACAAAGCCGCUCUGAAAGUCUGA